CAACCAGCAGCCACGUACACUCUUUCAUAUAAAGCCUACCUCUUACUGUCUUUCCCACCAUAUUUGCAGAGUUAGACAAUAACUUGAAUCACAUCAUCAAUGGCUAAAGAAGGAACAAAAGUGCCAAGAAUUAAACUGGGUUCACAGGGGCUAGAAGUGUCAGCUCAAGGACUUGGUUGUAUGGGUAUGUCCGCUUUUUAUGGGCCGCCCAAACCCGAACCCGAUAUGAUCCAACUCAUUCACCAUGCUAUCAAUUCUGGUAUCACUCUUCUUGAUACUUCAGAUGUUUAUGGACCCCACACUAACGAAAUCCUACUUGGCAAGGCUUUGAAGGGUGGGACGAGAGAAAGAGUCGUGUUAGCAACAAAAUUUGGUAUUGUGCUAGGAGAUGAAAAGAAAGCAGAAGGAAAGAGAGCAGUGCAUGGAGAUCCAGCCUAUGUAAGGGCAGCAUGCGAGGCUAGCUUAAAGCGACUUGAUGUUGACUGCAUUGACUUGUACUAUCAGCACCGAGUUGAUACACGUGUGCCAAUUGAAGUCACGGUUGGAGAACUUAAGAAGCUGGUUGAAGAGGGUAAAACAAAAUAUAUAGGUCUAUCCGAGGCUUCAGCAUCAACAAUUAGAAGAGCACAUGCAGUUCAUCCAAUAACAGCAGUACAAUUAGAAUGGUCUCUAUGGUCUAGAGAUGUAGAGGAUGAAAUAAUCCCCACUUGCAGAGAACUCGGAAUUGGGAUUGUGGCAUACAGUCCACUAGGACGGGGCUUUUUGUCAUCAGGUCCAAAGUUGCUCGAGGAUAUGUCAAAUGAAGACUACCGAAAGCAUCUACCAAGGUUCCAAGCCGAGAAUCUUGAGCAUAACAAUAACUUGUACGAGAGGAUUUGUCAAAUGGCAGCUAGGAAAGGAUGCACCCCGUCUCAACUAGCCUUGGCCUGGGUGCAUCACCAAGGAAACGACGUGUGUCCUAUCCCGGGCACCACUAAGAUUGAAAACUUGAACCAGAACAUUGGAGCCCUGUCCAUCAAGUUAACAUCAGAAGAUAUGGCGGAACUUGAAUCCAUUGCUUCAGCUAAUGCAGUCCAAGGCGAUAGGUACAUUCCCGGUAUGAGUACUUACAAAAAUUCAGAAACUCCACCUCUUUCAGCAUGGAAGACUACUUAAUGAUGCGAUCGCAUAAUUAGUUGAGUUGAGCUGGUUUUUGCUGUAUUACGCGCUGUGACUGAGAGUAUGUAACUAGUGUUCGUGCGUUGAGUUGAGUAUUUCCUGUGUUAGAGAGGUAUUUUUCUGUUUCAAAUAAUAGUACUACUUGUGACCUUAUUAUUAUUGCUUUAUCAAAUAUGGGAAUACAAUCUUUUCUUGAUUGGA